AUGAAUUGUAAAUUAUUCAUCGCAUUGCUCAUUGCUUGCUACAUUGGAGUGGCCAUGUCAUCAAAGGCAGAGCUGCUGUUUCAAAAGAAGAUUGUGACACCACCCGUUGUUGGCAAGGAUAUGGAGAUCUCAUUCAUCGUGUACAAUGUUGGCGAGGGACCCGCCUACGACAUCUCCUUCCACGACACAGACUUUUCAGCACCAUCCUUUGAGUUUGUCAACGGCUCCGCCGAGGCCCGUUGGGAGGUGCUCGAGGCCGGCACCAACGUCAGCCAGACUCUCACCGUCAGACCAUCCAUCAGCAACGUCUUCCCACUCACCGCCACCGUGCUCCAGUUCCGCAGUGCGCAGAGCGAGGAGUCCUUCUCCUACACUGCCGCCGCCAGCUACAGCGCCAUGUUGGUCGAGUCGAGCGAGGAGUACGAGAGACGUACCUCCAUGCACGUCAAGGAGAUUAUCAUCUUUGUCCUGUUGUGUCUGGGCUCUGUCGCCUUCCCAUUCUCUCUCUGGGGCUACUACAAGUUGAACUACGUCGAUGGCAUCAAGAAGAAGCAGCAG